AUGUCCGAAACAAUUGUUACUGAUCAAACAGCUGCGCCAGCUGUUUUGGAAAGAUGGGAACGAGAUUUUUCUCGGACAAAAACUGAUGGUAUCACAUAUGAUUACAUCAUUGUUGGUUCUGGUUCAGCUGGUGCUGUCUUAACUAAUCGUCUGUCAGAAGAAAAUGAUAAGCGUAUUCUUCUUAUUGAAGCUGGUGGUGUCGAUACGAAGAGCGAAAUACACAUGCCAGCUGCUUAUUCUACUCUUCAACGUAGUGAUAUUGAUUGGCAAUAUAAAAGUGUGCCUCAACUUUAUUCACAUUUUGGUUGUAUUAAUCAACAAAGUUAUUGGCCACGUGGUAAAGUUUUAGGUGGAUGUUCUUCUAUAAAUGCUAUGCAAUAUGUUCGUGGUGAUCCUCAUGAUUAUGAUAAUUGGCAAUUACCAGAAUGGUCAUUUCAAGAAAUGUUAAAAUAUUUUAAAAAAUUGGAACGUGCUGAUCCAAACACAAUUCCAAGAAACGAGAAAUUUCGCAAUCAUGAUCAAGAAAAUGGAAUGAUGAAUGUUACUUUAAUUGACGAUCCCAAUCCAAUAAAUCGAUUAUUUAUUGAAGCAUGUAAAAAACAUGGAUUUCAUGAAAGUAAAGAUUAUAAUGCCGAAGAAAGUCUUAAUGGAUGUGUAGGAAUGUCACAAGUUUCAACAAAAGAAGGAAAACGUUGGUCAACAGCAAGUGGUUAUCUUUUAAAAGCAGUAAAACGACAAAAUGUUGAUUUACUUACAAAUACACAUGUUUGUCGAGUAGUAUUUGAUAAACAGCAACAAGCAAUUGGUGUCAUUGUUAAACGUAGUAAUUCAUUGGAUCAAGAAGAAUUUAUCAAAGGUAAAGAAGUCAUAUUAUCAGCAGGCGCAAUUGGAAGUCCUCAUAUACUUCUUCUCUCUGGUAUUGGUCCAAAAGAAGAAUUAGACAAACAUCAGAUACCAAUAAUUGUUGAUUCGCCGGGUGUUGGUAAAAAUUUACUAGAUCAUAUGUUCACUCUUCUAGUGUGUCUGACUCAAAUACCAACGUCUUCAGUUAAUGAUGCAACAGCCGAGAAUUUACAAAAAUGGGCAAUGCAAGGAAAAGGUCCAUUAGCAUCAUGCGUUAUUCAAUCACUGGCGUGGUGUCAUUCAAAUGGAAACGAUAAGACACAAACACCCAAUCUUCAAAUACAUUUUUCCCCAGGUACACCUGAUGCUGAAGCUUUUAAGAACGUGAACAUAAAACCAGAAUUUUAUGAACACUAUAUCAAACGAAAUAUCAUUGAUGAUUGGCAAUGGACUGUUCUUUGUUCGCCUACACUUUUGCAUCCAAAGUCCAAGGGUGAAAUUAUACUAGCAAGUCGUGAUCCUCUCGUACAUCCAAUUAUCAAUCCAAAUUAUUUACAAGACAAAGAAGAUGUUCAAAUAUUGGUUGAAGGAUGUAAACUAAUUGAGAAAAUUAUUCAAAGUGAACCGCUGAAUAAUAUAUUAAAAUCAGGAAUAAAAAUGAACGCAGACGAAUCAAUAGAAAACGAAGAUCAAUUUUGGGAGUCAUUCGUUCGAAAGUAUUCUCUUACGGUCUAUCAUCCGGUUGGUACUUGUAAAAUGGGAAAACAAGAAGAUUCCAUGAGUGUUGUAACUUCUGACACACGAGUCAAAGGUGUUAAAGGUUUACGUGUGGUUGAUGCAAGUAUUAUGCCAAGUCUUGUCUCAGGAAAUACAAAUAUUCCAGUAGUUGCUUUAGCAGAGAGAGCAGCUGAUUUAAUUAAGAACAAUGCUUAA